AUGCGUGCGAACCGUGCCGCCACCGGAAGACCAAAUGUAGCGGGGAGCGGCCAGCGUGUAGACACUGGCAAAGAAGUCAGUCGAUAUGUUUGUUUGAGCCUGACCCAUGUUCCUGUGCUGAUUGCUUCCAGGCAAUUUGGCAGCUUGACCGAGAAGGUGGCCGACUAUGAGAAGCUACUGAGAGAACUGAUAUCCAGGGUUGAUGAAGCCGAUGCAAGAUUGAUUCGAGCGUCACUGGAAAAGGUGGGGACCACCAUAUCGCAUAUACCAUGUCGCUCCUAUAUGCUCACUCUUGAACAGGGGUCUACCUAUGACGCCGAGGAAACCCCUACAGAGGGUACCGCUGAGGGACAGUCUGCACCAAUUGGCGAUGCUGAGGCAGAAGAGGAGGAGUCUGGUGCAGAAUCAGAAGCUUCGGCGGGCGCUGGGUCGACGGGCGCACUCGAUAGAACCGAUGAAGAUUUCACCCGUGAGCAGGCUAGGAUGACGGGUUUCAUGGGCAAGAACUCGGAGGUCACCUGGCUCCAGCGCUUGCGCGAACAGAACAAGUAUGGGGAUGUGCAACAAGACCGGCAAGGUAAUGAGAGGCAACAGGCUCUCGUGGCCAUGUCCAGUGCCUCGCUGACCUCGAAACGUCCAGUCGGUGACACGCAAGACCCGCUCUCAGAGGCGGAUGAAGGCUUCACUGUUAAAGAUUCCAGCUACCACAUGGACGACAUGUCGAUAUUUAUGUAUGAGGCCGUGGAUGCCUACGAGAUACCUACGCCUGACAUCGCCGACCACCUCUUCAAUGCGUAUAUGCAGCGAGUGCACUCAUCCUUUCCAGUGAUUGGCAGACUAAAUCUCACAACUCAGUUCCGAAGAUUCAUCCGUGGCACGGUGCAGAGACCUCCAGAAAAAUGGCUCGCCAUCCUGAACUUGAUCUUCGCUAUUGGCGCCAAAUACUCGCACUUGAUCAAAGCUGAAUGGAAAGGCGAUGAACGGGAUCACCUUAUCUAUUUCACCCGAGCUCGACUGUUGAGUAUGAACUCCGAAACCAUCUUUCACCAUCCGGAUUUGCAGCAAAUCCAGGUAUUAGGCUUGAUGUCUUUCUACCUGAUGUGUAACAGCCAAAUCAACCGUGCGUGGAUGCUGAACGGAAUUGCGAUCCGAGGAGCGGCCGCCCUGGGCCUGAACAUGCGCAAUGACAGCAAUGACCUGAAGGAUUCACUCAAGGAAAUCCGAUACCGACUGUGGUGGGCUCUCUACGCCCUGGAACACCGUCUGUGCAACAUGACGGGUAGAGUCAAUUGUAUAAUGGACGAUCAUUGCACUACUCCUCUGCCCAUUCCGUUGGAAGAAGAACAAUUCGAGACCGAGGAAGGUCAGAGACUUCUGAGCAAGGAAAUACAACAGGGUGACCGAGCACCAUCUUCCAAUACCCAGACCCCAAGUUUCGGAUCGACCCCGUCAACCGACCGCUCUCGCUCGCAGACCAAGAUCGACUCGCGUUCACCCUCAAUGCCUCCGGGUGUCAGAGCCGACGACUUGGAAUGGGCAAAGGACGUGCCGCCUAACUCUUCAUUGUACUUUCUCCACGCGGUACAGUUGACUCGUCUGACACAGAACAUCUUCCAUAGUCUGUACAACCCAGCUUCGAUUAAAGGAACAUGGUCAGAUGUUCAGGCCAAGGUGAAGGACCUCGACGAACGGCUUGAGCAUUGGUAUCGAAAACUGCCCCCAGCCUUUGCUUUUCGACGAAACCAACGCGAGCGCGGGUCUUACGAGUUUCGGUUGAACCUUGGCUUCUUUUACUACAGCACCAAGAUGACUAUCCAUCGACCUUGCCUUUGCCGACUCGACCGCAAGAUUCCAGGACAGUCAUCCAAAUCACUCGAAUUCAACCGGAAUUCUGCUGCCGCUUGCGUGGAGGCUGCAAUGGAAAUGCUUCAACUCAUUCCUGACAAGCCCAAUGCCGUUGGCCUGAUUCGGGUCGGCCCAUGGUGGAAUAUCAUACACUGGCUUGUCCAAGCUACAACGGUAUUGAUGCUUGAAAUAUCUUUCAGAGCCAAUCAUAUGCCGGAAGAAGCAGAAGCUAUUCUGGAGUCAUGCAAGAAAGGCAUCCGCUGGUUGCAUGCGUUAGCAGAAGAUAACCUGUCCGCUAGGCGUGCCUGGGCAAUGUGUUUCGCAUUGUUUAAGGAAGCAGUCAAGAAGAUUGGGCGCGACGUCGACGACCUGCCACAGGAUCCUCCGGCAAAGCCUUCUCCUCUAGGCCAGGAUGCACCCAUGGCAAAUUACUCUACAGUUAGCCACCACCCUCUAUCCAGCAACUUGUAUGUGUCAGCUCCAAACCCGCCUUCCAUGUACGGCACAAUGCCAGAUCUGCGGAGUGCCCAGGCCUUUGCCGCGUUCGACCCAAUGAUGCGAUAUGAUCAAUACUUUGCCCCAGAUUUGCUAAUGAACGAUCCCUCCAUGCAAUUUCAACAACCCACAGACGCCGAGAUUGAGUUUCUGAGUAACGCCUACCACGAAGAAUCAAGUCACCACCAGGGAGGCGGCGAGUCCAGUCAAGGACCCAGGAUGAAUUGA